AAUAUCCGAGCAGUUUUCAUUCAAACUCAGCAUGAUAAAUUCCACAUGAACUUGAACACACACACAACACAACACAUAGUAAAAUUGAACAUUGAAUGGCGAGUAAUAGUCCGCCACCAGCGAAAAGAUCAAAGCGCAUCGAACGCGACACGAAUCGCGGCAAGUGGAAGUCCAAAACCGAGUUCAUACUCUCGCUCAUCGGCUAUGCCAUUGGGAUUGGCAAUGUGUGGCGCUUUCCGUAUUUAUGUUAUCGCAGCGGCGGCGGUGCCUUUCUGGUGCCGUACAUUCUAAUGGUGCUGCUGGCCGGCAUACCGCUCUUCUACAUGGAGGUGCUCAUCGGCCAAUUCUCGGGCACGGGCUGCACGGGCAUGUUCCGCCUGGCGCCAAUACUCAAGGGCACGGGCAUAGCCCAGGUCGUCGUGAAUAUGUACUGUGUGUGCUACUAUUCGGUUAUUCUCUCCUAUCCCAUUCGCAUGAUCUCCUACUGCUUCUACAAGGAUGUGCCCUGGGUGGACUGCGAUCACUCGUGGAACACAGAUCAUUGUGUUAACAUCGAUGAGCUAAGCAAACAAAAUUCAACGGAUUUUGUGACAUCAGCGGAUGAGUUUUUUCAUCGCGAAGUGCUGCGUUUGUCGGGUGGCAUUGCCGAUCUGGGCGGCAUUGUGUGGCAGCAAUUACUCAGCCUCUUUCUAUCCUGGAUUGUCAUCUAUUUGUGCGUAGCCAAAGGCAUUCAAUCGGUGGGUAAGGUGGUCUACUUUACGGCGCCCUUUCCCUAUGUACUGCUCUUCAUUCUGUUUGUGCGUGGCGUCACCCUGCCCGGCGCCUGGACGGGCAUCAAAUUCUACAUGUAUCCGGAAUGGGAACGGCUCUAUGAUCUGAAAGUCUGGGCCGAUGCGGCCAUACAGAUGUUCUUUGGCCUCGGUCCCGGCUGGGGUGGCAUUGUCAACAUGGCCAGCUUCACUGAGUUCCGCAAUGAUGCAAAAUUCGACACCAUUUUGAUUGUGACCGUCAAUGUGUUUACGAGCAUCUUUGCGGGUUUUGUGGUGUUCUCCGUUCUGGGUUUCCUGUCGGUGAAGUCGGGCAUACCGGUGGCUACGGUGGCCACCUCGGGUCCGGGUCUGGCAUUUGUCACCUAUCCGGAGGCGAUAGCCAAGCUGCCCAUACCACAGCUCUGGGCCAUUAUGUUCUUCUUUAUGCUCUUCCUGCUGGGCAUUGACAGUGUGUUUGUGCAGCUGGAGGCCAUCACCUCAUCGGUGCUGGACGAAGUCAAGUGGUUUAGGAAUCACAAAUGGAAGCUGACGCUUGUCUGCUGCAUUUUGUUCUUUUUUUGUGCCAUUAUAAUGACCACAAAUGGCGGCAUGUAUAUCCUGCAGCUGUUUGACUGGUACUCCUCGGCCAUAUCCGUGAUAGCCAUUUGUCUGGUGGAGAUUAUCAUGGUGUCGUUUAUCUAUGGCAUCGACAACUUCAUGCUGGACGUGGAGUUCAUGAUGGGCAAGCGACCCUCCAUCAUUUGGAAGAUCCUCUGGAAGUGGAUCACACCCAUAGUUCUAAUCUUCAUUUUCUUUAUGAGCAUCAUUUUCAUACGCACCAUUCAAUACAACAACACCAUCUACCCCAAGUGGGCCAUUUUUAUUGGCUGGGCCAGCUUCGUGUCGUCUGUGAUGUGGAUACCGCUGUAUGUGCUGUACAUCAUGAUACGCAAGCGGGAAACCAUGGUGGACAGCCUGAAGAAGCGGCUGAAGCCGCUGGACUGGACCCCAGCGGAUCCGCAGGAUCGCGAACAGUACGAGGCCUUCCGCCGGCAGCGCAGAAUGCCCGCGUUUAUGUCUGACACAGAUGCGGAUGCGAUGAAGUAGUACCCCCUAGCCAACCCAAUCCCAAUUAACUUUUACUCUUAGAAGUGCCAAUAAAAUCUGAUUUAUAU